GCCAUCCUCUGUAGAGAGAGAGAGAGAAGCAGCCGGAAAGAGACGAACCUCAUUCGUCCGCGCACGGCGAGAGCACCCGCGAUUCGCUGCACCGGAAUCCGCCCCCGAACCUCCCGGAUCGGGCCGCCGCCGCCGACGCCGACGCGGACCCGAACUCGAUCCGCCAGCGCCGCCGCCGCCCGUCCAUGGAGGGAGUCGGGGCGCGGCUGGGCCGGUCCUCCACGCGGUACGGCCCCGCCACGGUCUUCACCGGGCCCGUGAGGAAGUGGAAGAAGAAGUGGGUCCACGUCCCCUCCGGCGCCUCCGCCUCCGCCGCCGCCGCCGCCGCCGCCGCGGCAGCCGCAGCCGCAGCCGCAGCCUCGAACGGCGCCGCGGCGGCCGGCGGCGGCAACGCCUCGCAUCUGGUCCUGUAUAAGUGGACGCCGAUUACGCAGAGCGGCAAUACCAACGGCGGCGGCGGGAACAGCAAUAGCGUUAGCGGCAACGGUGUCGAUAAGAGCUCGACGAACGGCGACGCUGCUGCUGCUGCGGAGGAGCCACCGCCGCGGCGUAAAUUCAAGUACAUUCCGAUUGCUUUACUGGAAGAAGAGAAAGAUGAGGAUGUAGAAAUCAAUGCUGCGGAAAAUGUUGACGAUGAAGGGAAGCCAAGUGAAGACGAUCUUAGUUCAGUUGAACCAAACAACAAGAAUGGUGGCUCUGAUGAAAAACCAGACAUCAAUAACAUACCAAUGGAAGUGAGUGAGGAUGAUAACAAAGGGGUACGGCAAGAUCUGAAUGAGAGCACUCUAGAUUUGAGUUUGAGCUUCAAGGCAGGUGACGGGAACCAUGAUGUGGAUUGAAAGUAAGAUUGGCAGUUCAGGAAGAUGUGAUACGACAUAUCAUCUCCAGUUUUCAUUGGCGCAAAGAGAGAAAGCAGAGGUUUCCUUUCUUUGCGGACCCAAGCACGAGUCUACAGGACUUCCAUUUUUAUAUGAGCUGUCAGUCUUCAUCUCGGCUCUUUAACCCAACUUAUCCUGAGUUCUUGAUCAUUCUGAUCACUUCGGGCGGAUGUUGUGUUUAAUUUUAGUUGCUAAACAUUGAUUUGCAUCUAUUCUUUGAGUCUGGACUUGCUGGAGAUGCUAACUUAAAUAUUAGUGGAACAAGAUGCAUAGUGAAACUCGACACAAAGAUACCUUUGCAGCAUGUAUCUUUUCAAAUGAAAUUCGAGGAUUUCAUCUCAAAUUUGCAGAA